CCAGAUUCUCAAUCGCCUUAAGGGAAAUUGGGAUGUAUAAAGAAACUCUUCAGUCCCAGGUAGAGCAUGUGCUAAAUGACCGGCUCCAACAGUUUGUCAACGUCUACCUUCACGAUGUAAAGGAAGCCCGAAAGCGUUUUGACAAGGCUUCAUUUACGCACGAUCAGGCACGCGAGAAGUUUCUGUCAUUGAGGAAGAGCACUAGGCUGGAUGUUGCCGCCGUUAUUGAGCAGGAAAUGAACAAUGCAAGGUCCUCAUUCGAUGAAGCGCGUUUUAAUCUGGUCAGUGCGCUCUCCGACAUUGAGGCCAAAAAGAGGUUUGAAUUUUUGGAGGCUGUCAGCGGAAUGAUGGAUGCUCAUCUUCGUUAUUUUAAACAGGGCUAUGAGCUGCUACACCAAAUGGAACCCUACAUUAAUCAGAUUUUGAGUCAUGCUCAACAGUCGAGAGAAAGCUCCAACCAUGAGCAGGUAUCUUUAAUAGUAAGGAUGCUAGAGUACAAAAAGCAAUCCGAUACUGAAAGUAGAGAAACAAUAAAUGGCUCUCAUGUUUCUACGAAUGGAGACAGCAUGCAGCCUUUCGCUUGGCGAUCACACAAGGAGAUACAGGCCGUGAUGCAAUCCACUGCAAAGGGAAAGGUACAAACCAUUCGGCAAGGCUAUCUUUCAAAGCGCUCCUCCAACUUGCGGGGUGAUUGGAAGAGAAGAUUUUUUGUUCUUGAUAGUAGAGGGAUGUUGUACUACUACCGCAAGGCGUGGGGCUGGCCUUCUUCUGGAACUCAGUCUUCUCCACAGAAAAAAGGUUCCUUUGAGAAUGGUCAUGGGAUACUUGGCCGGUUGCUUUCUUCUCAUCAUCAUGGUAGUGGACAUGAUGAAAGAUCCAUUGCACAUCACACCGUAAACUUGCUGACAUCAACGAUAAAGGUUGACGCAGAUCAAACGGAUUUAAGAUUCUGCUUCAGGAUUAUUUCGCCGACCAAAACCUAUACAUUGCAGGCAGAGAAUGCAGUUGACCAGAUGGAUUGGAUUAAAAAAAUAACCGGAGCAAUCGCUUCGUUGUUGAAUUUCCAGGGACCUGAGAUGGUAAAUAAUCUCUCGGCUGGUUCCAUGAGAAGCGGUGACCAAUUCUCAGUGAGCAAGAGAAAUUUAUUCAAAACUUCACUCGACAUUGAUCAGAAAGCUGCUCCUCAAGACCAUUCGUCGAAGACCUAUACCGCUACUAAUUAUUUAAGGGCUUCGAGAAGUUUUCACUGGCGUGCAGAUAGUAGGAACAGUGAGAAGCCAGUUGACAUACUAAGAAGAGUGUGUGGGAAUGAAAAAUGCGCCGAUUGUGGCGCACCUGAGCCAGACUGGGCAUCCUUGAACCUUGGAAUUCUAAUUUGCAUCGAAUGUUCGGGUGUUCAUCGUAAUCUCGGUGUUCAUAUAUCAAAAGUUAGAUCAUUGACUCUUGAUGUGAAAGUGUGGGAAAAUUCUGUAAUAGCCUUCUUUGAAUCAAUGGGAAACAUGUACACAAACUCGAUUUGGGAGGAGCUGUUGUAUUCAAAAAGCACCUUUCACGCUGAUGACAUGAUCACAGGCUCCGCCAAGUCCGACAGGAACAAGCUGUUCUAUAUGAGAAAGCCCUGUCAUGAUGAUCUCAUUUCAGUAAAGGAGAAAUUCAUUCAUGCCAAGUACUCCGAAAAAGCUUUCGUUCGCGAUAUGAGAGACAACUAUAAUCUCCAUCUAGUACAGCAACAGGCGUGGAAAGGUGUCUUUGUUAAUGACAAGAAAGCCGUUUACCGGUGCAUCAUUAGCUCCGAAGUAGACGUGAAUUGUACAUCCAGUGGACAAGCAUUUGAGAGUACAUCCUUGAAGCCUGCAAAAAUUAGACAGUUUUGGUUGAGCAAGAAAGUUUUGGAGUCACCAACUAAUUUUACUUUUGCAGGUAAUUCUAGAGAGAAGCAUUCCUCAAGUUACAUUAGUCCAUUUGAUAAGAAUGAAGAUCAGCUUAUAGAGGACUUUCCCGGAGGCUGUUCGUUACUCCACCUAGCCUGCAUAACCGCCGAUGUUGGCAUGGUAGAACUGAUCUUGCAAUAUGGUGCAAACAUAAAUGUUUCUGAUGCAAAAGGUCAGACCCCACUCCAUUAUUGCGCCAUGAGGGGAAAAUCUGGAAUUGCCAAAAUGCUUAUAAUGAGGGGUGCUAAUGUGAAAGCCAUUGACAGAGAGGGUAACACCCCUCUCAAGCUCGUCUCAGGAUCGGCCCUGAACGACACCGAGUUGCUGGCUCUUUUAGUUGACACGGAAAGAUGACACUGUGAUGAAAAAGGACUACAAACAAUGUAUACAAAGAUGGGAAACACAACAUAAUCUUGGCUGUGAGCAAGUGUAAUAUCAAUUUUGUAAUAUCAGUAUUAGGCUUAGUUUGGGAUUCCUGUGCUUUUUGAAGAAGUUCUACUUUUACUUAUAGCGAAAGAAGUAGAAGCAUGAGUCAGGAGUUGGGAUUCAAAAAAUCUAGCUUCUCAAAAACUAGUUAUGAGGCUUCUAAAAGCAAUACCAAAUUAGCCCUUGGGCUUUGUAUGAUUGAUAUAAGGCUAUUUG